CGCUGGUAACAGAGCAACCGGACCAGGGACAACCAGGCCACAGGCAAAGGGGAGAGAGGGGUUGCCCAGAAAGUAGACAAUCCGAGGCUUGAGGAGUUUGGGUUUGCGAUUUAUUUUUUCUCCCAACAAAGACACACACUGUCUAAACUGUGUGGCCGGUUGUUACUAAGAAGCUGCUGUAUGAGGGGGAAAUGCAUUUCAUAAAAGGCCCAGUGUUUGUGGUCUUCUCGGGCUCCCUGCUGCGCUCAGGAAAUCUUGAGGUGUGACCAGUUUUCAGCCUUCAAACCCAAGAUGAACUGCCCUUGAGAAGGGUGGUCAGAGGGAAAACAUGUUCCCGCUCUCUCCCCUGAGCCGGGGACAUGGCAAGUGGGUCCAGAACAAACAGAAGGUAGAAGUCUAUUUUGAACCAGAGGAUUACUUGAACUGGAAGUCUCCAGAAGAUUAUGUCCUGGUCUGCAAACCGCAGCAUAAGGGCGACCCCACCCAGCACACAUGGAGCCUCUUACUCCCUAAAACUUUCAGCACCAGAAAGGGAGUCCUGAUCCUCUACUCAGAAGGUUUAGCCCUAUCAUCAUGGACACCCGGAGAGAGGAGAAAAGGCCCCUGGCGCCCCAAAGGCCACAGGAAAAGGCCGGGUCCGAAGCUGCUCACGCUGCGGGACCUCGGAGAAGCCAUCCUGGCUCACGAAAGGAGACAGGACACGUCGAUAGAGAACCACCAUCGUAUGCAGGUUUCAAAAGAAAACCACAAUGAAAAAACACAGCAAACCUCCAGGAGGGCCUUUGAGCAUGCCCACAUUGAUCACCCUUGGCUCAUGAGUGACAAACCCCACAUUACAUUCUAUGGCAACUCCUUCCCCAAUUGGGAGGCAGAUCUCAGCGACAGACAAGUGAACAUGAAACUCUACACGGGCGGCCGCAGCCACUUGUCACAGGAGCCUCCUGCUGAAAGAUGUGUUUUCCCUCCUGUGGCCUCUGCCACUGACUCAGAAAAACACACACCUGGGGAGCUGAAGAAGAAAAAGGCUUCAAAGACCUUGAAAUUACCUCCUAUCUCCCAAGAACCACCGGGAGUCCUGGGCCCCCUGAGGAGUCGAUUUAAAGCCAGAGAGCCCCCAGCAGAGCUCCUCGUCUUCCCAGUGGAGAUUCAUUUCCACAGCCGGCACCCCUCAAAGGGGAAAGUGCACAGAAGAGGUAGGUCCCCUGUGGGUGGGUGCUCCUGUGCUGCGCAUGCUGAGUCAGGACCAGAAACAGAAGAGCCCAGUCCUCCCCGGAGGCCUCCCCUGAAGCACGCGUCCUCAGAAAGGCUGGCGGAGUUCACAGCACAUCUCCCAGCGGACAUGGGCAGGGCCACACUCUCGCCUCAAGAUGGAGACGCCGCAGCAGAGAAGGUGACCCCACCACUGUCCCUGAUCGAGGGAAGAAAAAGUCCAGAGGGCCAGAGGGGCCCGGACGGCCAGAGGACGCCAGGCCACAGCAGCCCCGCAGGCCCCCCGAAUGUGAGCCGUUCCAGGGGCGCACUCCCAGCAGAAGCACAAGAGGAGCCCAGAGACCCCUUGUUGCUGGGACCCUUGUUGCUGGGUCCUGGAGGAGACGUCUGCCUGUCUCUCCCAGGGCCGACCCAAAGCGAGACGCUCCUGUCAGGCGAAGCAAACACUGAAUCUGGAGCCGAUCUUCCCAUGGAUCUUAAUAAAACCUCACCUUUGACCCAAAAGCCAGAGAAGCAGGCAGCCCUGCGGACCUUCGAGGCAGCAGCUCAGAAGGCAGGAGAGCCUCAAAGUUGUAUAAAUAAAGGGCUGAUAUGUUCAAACAGAAAAGAAUUUUGCACGCGCAAGCUGCUCAUCGACAUGACACCGUUCCUGAAGGAAAGUGAAGAUGAACUGGACUAUCCUGAAGAAGCAGGGGGACCCCUCAGAGAAGACCAUCAAGACACCCAAGACCCAGAGCCCAGGAGUGUGACCCUGGACCCUCUCAGUGCUUCCUGGGCUGAAAGCAUCCAGAGGCCUGAGGCAGACACUGUCCAAAAGGCGGGCAAAGAUGAUGACAUAUUCCAUCUGCACAGAAGACUCACAGAACCUGGGCCUGAGUCCCCAGGGACGUUGGGUCCUGUCGACACACCUCUUCUUCCAAAGAAAAAAGAAGGGAAGACGAAACCAAGAUUGUCCAAGCAGCAAACACCAGCCGGCAUCAGUCGUGAGGAGAUGGAGUCGAUUGACAAUGUCAAGAGAAAGAAAAGAACUAAGACAGACAAGUCUAAGGUGCCCAGUGGGGAGAGAGAAGGAAAGGUCCACAUAGAAACGAAGACUGUUGUUGGAAAGUCAAAGGACCCAAAGGCUAAAAAGAAACCAGAGCUAGUUCCCAAAGGAAAACAAUCAGGCGUCCAAAGGAAAAGGACACAGAAGGAAAGGAGCCGGGAAACAGCAGCAGAGCUGAGGGGGCCUGAUGUCUCCGACGCCCAGGGAACAGAAGAAGGCACCCCAGACAGAGGUUUCCUUCCUUCGGGCUUUGAUGCAGAGGAGCCGUGGCUUUCCCCCAGAGCUGAUGCUCAGGAGAGCCAGGUUUCAAUAGACGGAAGAUCACCGCCCACUCCGACUGUGACUGUCACAGGAAACACGGAACCGGAAGAAGACAGAAGCCACGGGGACCCUCCGAAGGCUCUCCUGGCCAAGAGGGAGCAGGAGAAAGCUCUCUGGGACAGGCAGCGAGCAGAAAGGGCCGAGAUGAGACGGCUGGAGGUGGAGAGGAAGAGAAGGGAGCAGGAGGAGCAGAGGAGGCUCCGGCAGGAGCAGCUGGAGAGAGCAGAGAAGAUGGAGGAGGAGCUGGAGCUGGAGCAGCAGCGCCGCGCAGAGGAGAUCCGCUUGAGGACCCAGAAACAGGAGGAGGCGCGGCAGCGGCAGGAGGAGGAGGAGAGAGAGCAGCGGUUCCAGCUGCAGGCGGCCCAGGAGAGGGCCCGGCGGCAGCAGGUGGAGUUCCAGAGGGGGCUGCAAGCGCUGCAGAGGGAGAAGCAGCAGCAGGAGGAAGCCGCGCGAGCUGAGGCAGAGCAGCAAAGGCAGCAGGAACUGGAAAUGAAGCUGGCCGAGGAACACAGGCGCCUGGUGGAAAUGGCUGAAGAGCGGCUAGAGUACCAACGGCGGCAGCAGGAGGCAGAGGAGAAGGCUCGGCUGGCGGCAGACGAGAGGAGGCAACAGGAAGAGGAAGCAGCAAGGCUGGCUCUGGAGAAAGCCACGAAACAAACCCACGAACGAGCCAGGCAAAAGUCUGCUUUGAGGAAACAUCUUCAUUUCUAUCAAGAACUCCACAAGGAAGCCAAUGGCCUGCAGUGGGCACACAGAAUUUCCAGACCAUGGGUCUACUCUUACUUCCAGUUCCUACAAAUACCCAGACCUUAAGGCUAGAAGAAAACUAAAAAGUAAGUUGGGAGGUGGUAAAAGAAAAAGAAAAACUUUCUUCUGUAAUGAUGUUCCAUAUUGAACCCAGUUAGUUCCAUCUCGUCUUGUUCACCUCAACCCACACCUAACUUCAUCCCAUUCCCAACAACCCUCCCUGCCACAAAUAGUUUACUCAAUCCAGUUAAACUCUUCACUCAUCUAAAUCCUUUACCCUCUCUAGCAUCACAUGAAUUCAAUUCAGAAGCUUUGGUGCCUAAAAUUGACCCAAAAUUUUAUAAUUUGUUUGCAUUUCAGGAAAUUUCAGUAAGGCACUAACAUAAUCUUGGGCUAGUCCAAAUACUUCAUUUUCAUUAAUGUGUGAAAAAGUUGCAAGUAAAUGGAAAUUCUGUAAUGCAGAUUCUGAUUUAGCUAAAAGCAGCUCAUUCAUAUAUUAAGAAUUUUAUUAUAUUGUCUUUAUAAAGCAAAACCACAUCCACUUCAUCCUAAAAAUCUAAUGUCUAUUUAAAACAAGGUAAUCAAUUGAUAAAUGUUCAUUUAAGCAAUAUGAGCUGCUUUGUGAGAGUAAUCUCACACCCUCGAAGUAUAGAUCCUAGAACUGCA